GCAAGUCUGUGACUGGCGGACGGGCCAAGAGGCUGCACCUACAGUGGCCUCUAGAAGAGAGCUGGGUUUCUCGAGGCCUGUUUUCCUUACACGACCUGAACAGUGAGGGAAUGCGCACGGCAAAGCCCUUAGUGAGGCGCACUCCCAGCUAGAGGCUCCCGGAACGCGUACAGUCAGCUUUCAGGCCUCACUCAGCCCCAGUCUCUGGAUACAAGGAUGACAGUCGCGGCCCUCCACUGAUUCUGCAGCACACUCUGUUUACGUUUGGGAUUGGACAUGGAGGAAUCUUCACCAAAAUCAUUGCUUGAUAUUACCUUGCUUUAUCUAAGCACUCAUCUUGAAAAGUUUUGCUGGGAGCGGCAAGAUGGAACCUACUGCUUACAAGAUGCCGCAAUAUUUCCUCAAGAGGUGGCAGACCGAUUACUGCAAGCAAUGGCUGUUCAAAGACAGCUAAAUGAAGUAACUGUAGGAAUUUUCCGUGGGAACCAGUUGCGUCUGAAGCGUGCUUGUAUUCGUAAGGCAAAGAUCUCUGCUGUAGCUUUCCGAAAGGCUUUCUGCCACCAUAAACUAAUAGAACUUGAUGCUACAGGGGUUAAUGCUGACAUCACUAUUACUGACAUCAUUAGUGGCCUCAGCAGUAGCAAAUGGAUCAGAGAGAACCUUCAGUGCCUGGUGCUGAAUUCUUUGACUCUUUCCCUAGAGGAUCCAUAUGAGCGAUGUUUUAGCCAAUUGUCUGGUCUUCGUGUUCUGAGUAUUACCAAUGUUUUAUUUUACAAUGAAGACUUGGCUGAUGUUGCUUCCCUCCCUAGACUGGAAAGCCUAGAUAUUUCUAACACUUCAGUUACUGACAUUACUGCCCUUGUUGCCUGUAAAGACAUACUGAAAUCUCUAACUAUGCACCAUCUAAAAUGUUUGAAGAUGACAACCACACAGAUCCUGGAAGUUAUCAGGGAACUAAAAAAACUCAACCAUUUGGAUAUGUCUGAUGAUAAGCAGUUCACAUCUGAUAUUGCGUGCCGUUUGCUUGAGCAGAAUGACAUUCUUCUUCAUUUGGUUUCAUUGGAUAUAUCUGGAAGGAAGCAUGUUACAGAUAAAGCAGUAGAAGCGUUUAUCAGGCAUCGACCUCAGAUGCAGUUUGUCGGUCUAUUAGCCACAGAAGCUGGAUAUUCUGAGUUCCUUUCUGGGGAAGGGUGUGUGAUGGUGUCAGGAGAGGCGAACCAGACGCAGAUUGCUGAAGCUCUCCGCCGAUACAGCGAACGCUCAUUCUUUGUUCGUGAAGCUCUCUUCCAUCUCUUCAGUCUGACUCAUGUAAUGGAUAAAGCCAACCCUGAGAUGUUAAAACUAGUUGUAAUAGGCAUGAGGAACCAUCCAACAAAUCUUCCUGUGCAACUUGCAGCCAGUGCCUGUGUUUUUAAUCUCACCAAGCAGGACCUAGCAGCUGGCAUGCCUGUUAAGCUUCUGGCUGACGUCACACAUUUACUUUUAGAAGCAAUGAAACACUUUCCCAACCACCAACAGUUGCAAAAAAAUUGUCUCUUGUCCCUGUGCAGUGACAGAAUCCUGCAAGAUGUUCCAUUUAACAGGUUUGAUGCAGCAAAGCUUGUAAUGCAGUGGCUAUGUAAUCACGAGGAUCAAAAUAUGCAGAGAAUGGCAGUUGCAAUUAUCUCUAUUUUGGCAGCAAAGCUCUCCACUGAACAGACUGCCCAGCUUGGAGCAGAGCUAUUCAUUGUCCGGCAACUGCUCCAAAUUGUAAGACAAAAGACAAGUCAAAAUAUGGUGGACACCACACUAAAGUUCACCCUAAGUGCUCUGUGGAAUCUUACAGAUGAAUCCCCAACAACCUGCCGACACUUUAUAGAAAACCAGGGCCUGGAGCUCUUCAUGAAAGUUCUUGAGACAUUUCCUUCAGAGUCCUCCAUUCAACAAAAAGUAUUAGGUUUAUUGAAUAACAUUGCAGAGGUGAAGGAGCUCCAUACCGAGCUCAUGUGUAAGGAUUUUAUUGAUCAGAUCAGCAAGCUGCUACAUAGCGUAGAAGUGGAAGUCAGCUAUUUUGCAGCUGGAAUUAUUGCACAUCUUGUAUCUCGGGGAGAAGAGACUUGGACAUUAAGUUCCAGCAUGAGAGAAACCCUGCUUGAGCAGCUGCAUUCUGCUAUUCUCAGCUGGCCAACACCAGAGUGUGAAAUGGUUGCCUACAGGUCCUUUAACCCUUUUUUCCCACUCCUGGCAUGUUUCAGGACGCCCGGUGUGCAGCUCUGGGCAGUGUGGGCAAUGCAGCAUGUGUGUAGCAAAAACCCUGUAAGAUACUGCAGUAUGCUGAUUGAAGAAGGGGGUCUAGUCAGAUUGCACCGUAUCAGAGACCACAUGUGUGCUGAUCCUGAUGUUCUGCGCAUUACCAUUACCAUCUUGGACAACCUAGAUAGGCACCUAAAGAAACAUGGCAAUCCUCCCUGCCCAAAACCACCAUUUACCAAGUGACACAGACCCUAGAUGUUCUACUUCCAAUGAUAGGAUCAAGUGUGGUUUAUGUGUUCCUUGUGUUGAAAAUGUAUUUUAAAACCUGAACUGAUUUAAUGGAGAAAAUAGGAACAAAAUUGAAAGUAAGUUGAAAAUGCUUGGAAAAACUGGACAAAUGUGCAUUUGAGUAAGCAGUAUUUUGACUGGGCAAUAUUGCACGAUCAGAAUUCCCAAAUACACCCUAUUGACUAUUCCAGUAAUUGUACACCCAGCAAUUUGCACUGAUGUGAUUUCCACUGAACUCGUAUUAAUGCUGGAAUAAGGAUGAUACAGUCUCUCCAUUUGCUUCUGCUGGACUUCAACAUUUUUUGUUAAUUGAUUCCCACUGCUGCUAAUUUCCUUGUUUUAGACUGUACCAUUUUCACUGGAACUUGAGCAUUUGCUCGGCAUGAAACUUAAUGGACCCUGGACACAGUCCCUUGUGUUUUUUUUCCCCUGCUCCAAUAUCUGUGGAAGAUACCUAUUUAAAUUCAUUCACUCACCUUCCCAGCCUACCCAUAUGAAUAUGUUUGCACUGGUGUGUGCAGAACUCCGAUCUGUUGAAAAAAAGAAUCCUAAAUUCAUGAAGUUUAGCUAGUCAAAAAGUUAGUUAUGGUCUUCAUGGGACUUUGCUACCACUUGGGCAAGGUGUUGCAAAAAUACCACUUGUGAUAUCUAUCUCCCAGCUCAUCUAGAAAAUGGAUGCUUUGAGCUGUAGUUCUGUGACACCUGGAGGACUAGAUCAUUUCCACCAUAUAAUCACAUGACCAAUGCAUAUGACACUGGAUGGCACCCAGGAUGUUUUGUUAGGUUAUGCCAAAGCUCCUUUGGUGACUUUGUCCCUUAAACCAGAAAUAUUUCCAAAUUAUUAUACAAACAUUUCUGAUUUCAAUCAUGGCUAUGUCAAGUUGAUACAGAUUUUAUGGAUAUUGAUGUAACUUAGUGUCAAGCCUCUAACUACCAGGACUGAUUUUCUACAGUGAACCGUACACUAGAUUUUGCCAUUGAGGAGCAACGCUUAAAGAAUGUCUGUAUUAUAGUAAUAUCCUUAAAAAUGCACUGUUAUUGAAUUACACUGCAAUCACACAUGGGUAGUGAGGGCAUACUUGUUUGCUAUUAUGAAAACUAGUUAAUGCUUCCAACUGCAAUUGCUAGAACAAAGAAUAUAUACUAAAGCAUUGUGGUAUGAAUAGUUCAGUAACUAUUAAGUAAAGACUUUCUUAACAAGAGUUUAGAUCCCCUUUAAUGGCAAUUUUGUUUUUUUCGUUUAUAAGUACUGGUGCUUUCAUGCAGCCAUUUCUUGUAUGGAACCAUACAAAAUUGCGACUGUUUUUGAUUACAGUACCACCAAUGGUAGCUUGGGAUCUGCUGCCUGAAGGAUUUUUUGUUUUGGCCCUAAAGAUAUGUUGGAGGUUGGUUUUAACAAGCAAGAUGAUGUUGUGAGGCAAAUAACCUAAGCCAGAUCCUUAGUAAAUCAUAUUAUUUCAGUUCCUACUCCAGUACUUACAAAUUUUAAAGCAAUCGUGUCCAGCAGAGAAUUGGCAUCAGUCGGACACUAUUUUAAGUGCAGUAUUAGAAUUACAUCUCUGCCUGGAGAUUGUUCUCUGUGUUGCUAGAGGAAUACAAUUUAUAGCAGAAUUUACUAUGUAUUUCCUCCCUCUAUAUUGUAUAUAGGUGUUAUUUUAAGAAAUUUUAGGAAAAAAAAUACAAUUACUUUUUGUUUUUGAAUGGGAUAAAAGUAAUAUAUAGAAAAAUAUAUAGAUUUUCAGAUAAGAUCUGAUUUUAGGCAUUUUUAAAUUUUAGCAGAAUAUGAAACCGCAAAGCUUAUUAUGUUUGAUGUAACUAUGUAGAAUAUGUUUAUAAUGAAUGUUUGGAUUUAUCUGCUGCUGAAGGACUAUUACACUGCCUUUAGUAUAUAUAAAUAAUAGAAAUAGUCAUAGGGGAAAAUCUAGCACAUGAUCAGACCUUUAACUCAAGUUUAGUAUAAUGGCAAAAUCCUAUAUGCUUUGUAAAAGUUAGUGGCAUGAUAAAGAAAUAUUAUCAAAAUUGUUCUAUUCGUGCCUGAAAACAAUAACAUUGAAAAACAAUUAUAAAGUGUAGUUUCCGGGAAAAAAAA